CACUACGGCUCCCGGCGCGCGCCGCGCCGCGCGGGGGCUGCUGGGAGUUGUAGUCUGCCCCCCCCACAGCCGCACUACGGCUCCCGGCGCGCCCCGCGCCCGGCCCCGCCCCCGCAGCGGAGCCGAGCGGGCCGCUCGCCGCGCCGGGGCCAUGGAGGAGGAGGAGGAGAAGCCGCGGCCGCCGGGGCGGGAGGAGGCGGCGGGGCCCGGCGAGGAGCCGGGGGGGCCCGGCGAGGCCCCCGCCGAGGCCGAAGGCUGCCAGCGGGGCCCGCUCUGCCCCGCGCAGGUCCUCGUGAAGGCGCUGCAGCGCGCCGUGAGCGGCGGCUUCCCGGGCGAGCGGCGCGACUGGGCCGGCGAUAAAGCCGCCGCCGCGAGGAAGAGGAUGGCGAUGGCCCGGCAGCCGCGGUGCUGGGGACCCCGCGCCGAGGGCGGCCCGGUUUCGGAGGCGCCGGGCGGCCUCGCGGGGGCCCUCGACCAGCUGCAGCAGACGUGUUUGGCCUCGCUGCGGGCCCAGCUGCUGCUCGGCUCCGCUGCCGCCGCCGCCGGCGGGGAGGGCGACGGUGACCUGGAGGAGGUGGAGCUGGUGGCCGAGGUCCGCGUGGGCGACGUGGCCGCCGCCUCGGGGCUCCUGCGCCGCGAGCGGCCCUGGAGGGCCCCCAAAGGAGGCCGGGUGCCGGGCUCGUCGGCGCGGCGCUGGCGAGCCCCCGGCGGCCCCCCGGCCCCCCCGGGCGGCCCCCCGGGCGCCCCCCCGGCCCCGCCGCUGCCGCCCCCCCGGCGGCCCCGCCGCGGCCCCCCCCCGACGCCGGGCCGGCCCCGGCGGCCCCGGGGCCCCCGCGCCGCCGUGCUGGGCGCCGGCCCCCCCCCGGGGCAGCAGCGCCCGCAGGGACCCCCCGCCGCCGGCAGCCGCGAGGAGCCCCGGGCGCCGCCGCCGCCCGCCAGCGCCCUGGAGAAGGCCGACUCCUCCUCGUCCUCCUCCUCCUCGUCUUCGUCCCGCUCGUCCUCCUCCUCCUCCUCCUCCUCGUCGGCGGCCUCGCAGCCCGGCGCGCCGCCCGCCUGCCUGCCCCGCUCGCCCGCCCUCGAUAUUUAUGACCCCUUCCACCCCACGGACGAGGACGGCGGCGGCGGGGACGCGGCCUACGGCGCCUCGCCCCCCAAGGAGCCCCCCGGGCGGCAGGACCAGAAGUACGACCCCUUCGACCCCACCGGCUCCAACCCCAGCUCGUCCCGCAGCAGCCCCAGCCCCGACGAGGACGACGACGAGGAGGAGGAGGACGAGGAGGAGGAGGAGGAGGACGACGACGACGCGGCCGCCGCCGCCGCCGCCGCCCGGCCCGACAUGUCGCACAGCAUCAGCCGCAUCUCGGAGACGCUGGCCGGCAUCUACGACGACAACAGCCUCAGCCAGGACUUCCCGGGCUCCGAGAAGGGCCCGGAGGAGGCCGAGCCCGGCCCCGGCCCCGCCGCCCGGCCCCCGCGGCCCGACAAGGCGCCCGCCGAGCCCUCGGCGGCCAAGGAGCCGCCGCCGGGCGCCGACUCCACGCUGCCCGAGGAGGAGAACGGCUCGGAGCAGUCGGACGGCGCCGAGCCGCAGCCGCAGCCGCGCCGGCGCGUCUUCGUUGUCGACCUGGCCGCCAAGAGCCGCUCGGAGGCCGAGGCCAACCCGCAGCUGGAGGGCAAGGUGUCGCUGGAGGUGGUGACGGCCGGCAACGCCAAGGCGCCGCGCGACAAGGGCCCCCGGGGCGGGCGGCGGCGGGGCGGGCGGCGGGCGCCGCCGGCCUGGGCCGGCGCCGAGGGCGACUCGGAGAUCGAGGAGGGCGAGAUCGUGCAGCCCGAGGACGAGCGCUACAGCCCCAUCCGCCUCUUCCGGAGCCGGUGCCGGGCGGCGGAGCCGCGGGCGCUGCCGCGGCUGCCCGAGGGCGACGACUUCCUCUCGCUGCACGCCGAGUCGGACGAGGAGGCGGCGCUGCAGGCCGACUUCGGCGACAGCCAGCCCGACCCGCGCUGGAAGGGCACCGACCUGCGCCGCAAGAUCCUCACGCAGCGGCGCGAGCGCUUCCGGCCGCCCUCGCAGCCCCGCUCGGCCUCCAGCUCCGGCUCGCGCAAGAAGAGCAAGCGCUCGCGGGAGCGCAAGGAGCCGCGGGCGCCGGCGUGGCCGGCCAAGAAGGCCUCCGAGUCGCGCUCCAAGUCCAAGGAGCGCCGGCGCUCCCGCUCGCGCCACCGCGGCUCCCGCUCCCGCUCCCGCCGGCGCUCCUGGUCGCCGGCCGGCGGCGGCGGCGUCUCCGUCUCCGCCGUGGGCUCCGACCGCCGCCGGCGCCGCUCCAAGUCGCGGGAGAAGCGCCGGGGCCGGCGCUCGCGCUCGGGCAGCAGCGGCGGCGACCGGGCCCGGCGGCCGCGGCACAAGGAGAAGCACCGCGGCGAGGGCAAGAAGAAGAAGAAGCAGCGGUCGCGGUCGCGCGAGAAGCGCCCGGCGCGCCGGGCCUCCCGCGACAAGGAGCGCGAGGCCCAUGCGCUGGAGGAGGCCAAAGCGGAGAAGGCGGCGGCGGCGGCGGGGGGCGAGCGGCGGCGCGACGCCCGCGCCGUGGUGCCGCCCUCCAUCCAGGAGCUCAACGACGCCGACCUCUUCACCAUCAAGAGGACCAUCACGGUGAGCCGGCAGCAGGGCACGCCGGAGCCCGCCAAGCGCGAGGUGCUCUACGACUCGGAGGGGCUGAGCUUCGAGGGCUUCUCCGACCGCGAGCCCCCCGAGCCGCCCGCGCCGCCCCGGGGCCACGCGGCCGCCGGCAAGGGGGAGGCCGGGGCGGCGCGCAAGGCCGAGGAGCCGGCCAAGGGCAAGGCGGGCAAGGAGAAGGAGCGCAAGCGGGGCUACGCCGAGGAGCGCCCGGCCGCCCGCGACAAGUACAAGAAGAAGUUCAAGGAGGGCCCCGGGCGCCCGGCGCCGGAGGCGGCCAAGGCGGAGAAGGAGAAGCCGCGCGCCGAGCGGGACAAGGCGCCGCGCAAGGCCAAGGCCGGGCACAAGGAGGGCGGCAAGGGCGGCGCGGCGCGCAAGGUGAAGCUGCAGUCCAAGGUGGCCGUGCUCAUCCGCGAGGGCGUCAGCUCCACCACCGCCUCCGUCAAGGAGGCCGGCUCCAUCGGCGUCAAGUUCAGCCGCGACACCGAGAGCCGCUCGCCCUUCCUCAAGGCCGAGGAGAAGGCGGCGGCGGCGGCCGAGGCCAAGGCGGGCGGCAAGGCGGAGCCGGCCGACGGCAAGGAGCCCGGCGGCAAGGCCAAGAAGGCCAAGACGGUCAAGGCCAAGACGGGCCUCAAGAAGGCCAAGGGCGCCGGCGGCAAGGCCAAGGGCGCCGGCGAGGCCAAGAAGAAGAAGAAGACCAAGCCCAAGGGCUCGCUGAAGAAGUCCAAGGCGGACAGCUGCAGCCAAGGGGCCGGCAGCCCCCCGCCGCGGCCCCCCGCCAAGGACGAGGCGCCCUGGGCCGGCCCCGAGAAGGCGGCCGGCGGCGCCAAGCCCCCGAGCCCGGCCAAGCCGCCGGCGCCGCCGGCCGAGCAGGAGCUGACGCCCGACUCGCAGACCGUCGACAGCAGCUGCAAGACGCCCGACGUCUCCUUCCUCGCCGAGGAGGAGGGCGGCGGCGGCGGCGCGGUGACGGCGGCGGCGGGAGCCGGGGGGGCCGCGGAGGCGGCGGCGGGGGAGCCGCAGGCCGACAGCCGCUCGGAGGCCAAGGAGGAGCCGGGGCGGCCCCUGCCCCCCCCGCCGCCCCCCGCCGCCCCCCUGGCCUGGAACCUGCCCGGCGGCGUCGACUGCACCACCAGCGGCGUCCUGGCACUGACAGCUCUGCUCUUCAAGAUGGAGGAGGCCAACCUGGCGAGCCGGGCCAAGGCGCAGGAGCUCAUCCAGGCCACCAACCAGAUCCUGAGCCACGCCAAGCCGCCGGCGGCCCCGGGGGCCCCCCCGCCGCCAGCGCCCGCCGCCCCGGCACCCGCGCCCCCGGCGCCCCCCCCCUUCCUGCUGCACGGGGCCCUGCCGCUGGGGGGGGGCCCCCCCGUGCCCCCCGGCCCCCCGGCGCUGCCCGGCCUCGGUGGCCCCGCGGUGGCCGCGGCGGUGGCCCCCGGCGGUGGCCCCGGGCCCCUCUACGGCGCCGCGUCCGAAGGCGGCAAGAGGGACGGGAGCGUCAGCUCCGAGGGACGCGGGGACACCGAUAAGUACCUGAAGAAGCUGCACACGCAGGAGCGGGCGGUGGAGGAGGUCAAGUUGGCCAUCAAGCCCUACUACCAGAAGAAGGAGAUCACCAAGGACGAGUACAAGGACAUCCUGCGCAAAGCUGUGCACAAGAUCUGUCACAGCAGGAGCGGGGAGAUCAACCCGGUGAAGGUGACCAACCUGGUGACGGCCUACGUGCAGCGCUACAAGUACUUCCGCAAGCGGGGCCGGCGGCCCGAGGAGGAGCCCGGCCCGGGGGGGCCCCCCAAGGAGCUGGGGGGGCCCCUGGACAAAGCCCCCCUGCCCAUGCCCCCGCUCUGAGCCUCCGGGGGGGCCCCCACCCCCCCAAAAAAACACCCCCCCCCCCCCACAGACUCGGUUUUACUUUGUAAAUACGCGCUGGAGACGGGGAACCCCCCCCCCUUCCCCCCCCCGGUUGGGUUUUUUUUUUUGGGGGGGGGGUGGGGGUGGAAUUGGGGACCCCCCCCGGUGUCCCCCCCCUUCCCCCCCCUCCCCACGCGCCUGUCACAUUUGGUUUUACUUAUUUAGCAUGGAUUUUUUGCCCCCCCCCCCCCCAAAACCCUGUACCCCCCCCCUUCAUAAACUGCCUUUAGCCACUUG